GCGUGCACUCGGUUUAUGCUCGUUGCUGUGUGCGUGUGUGAUUGUGUGCGCUCCAGUUGGCAAACGGAUCAAGCUAAAGCAGCGCAGCAGCAGAAACUGGCAGAGUCAGAAAGCGCAGCAGCAGCAGCAGCGUCAAGCUCCAACAACAAAAUGAGUUGGGGUACUGAGCUAUGGGAUCAGUACGAUAAUCUUUCAAUACACACAAACAAAGGCAUUGAAGUGCUCGAUAAAUAUGCCAAUUUUUUACGGGAUCGAGUGGCCAUAGAAACGGAAUAUGCCGGCAAAUUAAGGCGCUUAGUAAAAAAUUAUCAGCCCAAAAAGAAGGAGGAGGAAGACAAUGAAUUUACAUCGAGGCAAGCUUUCCGCAAUCUGCUCAAGGAGGUGGGCGAUUUGGCGGGGCAGCGCGAGGUUGUGUCGGAGACCCUGCAGACGCAGAUAAUCCACGGCGUGACGGUGCUAUCGAAAACACUGCGAGAGGACCGCAAGAAAUGCCUUACAGAUGGCACCAUGCUGCAACAGACCCUCAACGCACAGCUCUCGGCAUUGGAGCGCGCCAAGCGCAACUAUGACAAGGCGUAUCGGGACUCCGAGAAGGCUGUGGAGAACUACAAGAAGGCUGACAUGGAUCUCAAUCUGAGUCGCGCCGAGGUGGAGCGUUACAAGAACAUUAUGACAUCCAAAAUACAACAGUCGGACGAUGCAAAGAACGAAUACGCCAACCAGCUGCAGAAAACAAACAAUCUUCAGCAGCAGCACUAUGGUAUACUAUUGCCCGCCGUCUUCAAUCGGCUGCAGGAGCUGGACGAGAAGCGUACGCGUGGCAUACGGGAGUUCAUUAUUGGCGCCGCGGACGUGGAGUCCUCUGUGGCGCCGAUUAUCGCACGUUGCAUGGAAGGCAUUGUGAAGGCGGGCGAAUCCAUAAACGAGAAAGAAGACUCGUUAAAAGUCAUCGAAAGAUACCAAUCGGGCUUCACACCACCAACGGACAUACCAUUUGAGGAUCUGUCAAAGAUGGACCCCAGCGUCGCCCCUCAAUCCAACUACAGCAGUGUCCCCUACAACCACUUGACCAUUAAGGGCGGCACGCUGACCGCCGCCAAGCUGAAGAAGGCCCGCGGCGGCAUCUUGAACAGCAUCUUUGGCAGCAACAAGCAACGGCAGAUAAUUGAAGCUUGUAUCACGAUGAAGAAUUCACUAACUGCUGACGGCCAAAAGGAGGACUUUAGCGAUCUGCCACCGAAUCAGCAGCGCAAAAAGCUGCAGGCGAAAAUUGCCGAGCUGCAGCACAAGGUCGAUCAGGAGACGAACACCCGCGAUGGUCUGAUGAAGAUGAAAAUAGUUUAUGAGGCCAACUCCUCGCUGGGCAACCCGAUGACCGUUGAGGGUCAACUGAACGAAUCCGAGCACGAAUUGGAUAAACUGAAAAUGAGUUUGAAAAAGUAUCAAGGCUUUUUGGACAAGGCUAAUCAGCUGCAGGUGGCCAACAAUAGUCCGCAAUCGAAUCGUAAUCAAUUGCAAAACGGACACCGAACAUCCAGACAUUCCAAUGGCAGCGCUAGCGCUGACGAUCAUCACGAUGCCGAUGAUCAGCCCGAUGAUGCUGGCAGCUUAAGCAGGUCAGAUUCUGAGGAUAAUGUGGCGCAAAUACAAAAUGGGCAUAAUAAUAACAAUAACGGCAGUUCGGCAAGUCCCGAGAGCGGACUAGGCACCUCGCACACAUCACUGCCCGGCUCCGGACAGGGCAGCGCCAAUGAGAAUCCGAUUGGCGAAGAGACGAGCUACGAAGCGGAAGUAGAAAUGCUGCAACCACUGGGCACAUGUCGUGCGCUAUAUCCCUUCGAAGCUACCAGCGAAGGCAGUAUACCCAUGAGCGAGGGCGAGGAGCUACAAGUGAUUGAGAAUGAUCAGGGUGAUGGAUGGACGCGCGUGCGGCGGGCGAACAACACAAAUGGCUGGGACGAGGGCUUUGUGCCCACGAGUUACAUCGAGUGCACACUCUUUGCUUAGAUUAGAUUAGGCGGCAGGAGCGGGCAGUUAAGCAAAUUUUAACUACUUAACAGCAUUUGCAUAUGUUCCAUACAUUUGUGUACUUUUGUCAUAACUUUGCGUUAGUCUAGACAGCCAUAAAAACUGAAUACCACAACUAUCACGAAUAUUCUUCACACUCUCGCACACACACAAAUUCAUACACACCCGCAUCAUGCGCACAACCAUGUACAUUCGACUUAAGAUAAGCUAAAGAAUCAGUUUCUGAACGCUCAUUUGUAUAUUUACUUUGAUUUACUUUGGCAUUGAUUAUGAAGUAGAGAUAUCAUAAAUGCGAUCAAUUAGCAUAUUUACAUAUAUGUAUAUACAUAUAUAUACAUGGGUAUAUAUACAUACAUACAUACAUAUAUGCACCCACGAGCAGACCUCACCUAACUGUAAGCGAAAGAAAAUUAAAAUUUGUCCCUUUUUCACAACAGAACAAGUAUAACAAUCAUGUAUUAACUAUUUAUACACAACAUAUAUAAAGAUAGAAAAAUAAGAAGAAAACUACAUAUUUCAUAUUCGUCAUGAAAAAUAAGCUGGUAAACAUAUUGAAGGCACACUAAUGCCUAAGCGCACCUCGCAAUAUGCUUACUAGAUUUAUUUUUUAUAAUCACAUUUCAUAUUUGAUGGCACCUGCUACUUUUCAAGAUGACCAAGAAAAGCAACAGUUAUUGUGGCUAUUAGAUAAAAUAAAUGCACCUUAAAUCAUUGAUAAAUAUAUAUAUUAAAUAUAUACAUACUUUUAUAUAGAGAGAGAAAGAAACGCAUUAAUCUAGAGAAGAGCGAAUGCUUCCCUGGACCACAUUCAGUAAUAUUCAAUGAAGAUCGACUUAAAGUGUUAAUUAUAGCUAAAGUUAUGACAAUUUUGCAUUGUGCAUGAGGCAUAUGCGAAUUGGAGAGCAAAGAACGCGUUAGCUUGUUAAAUAUGGAAUAGCAACAAUUGUACAUUUUACUUUAUACUUUAUGCAUAAAACAAAA